UGUGUUGCUGCUCAGUUUGGCCACGCUGACUUGUGUGUCUAUUUUAGUAUGUUGAGAGCUCGCGCUGAGCGGGCCGGCCACACCACCGCAUUUGAACAUGGAUCCAGGGGCUUGACUCACUGAGGUGCUGCUCUGGAUUGCCGGAUUUAACUUUGGGAAUUUGUUUUUAACCGUACUCUAGUCUGUGUAGAGCAUUUAGACUUCUUGCUCUGAGCAUGACACACCCAUCACCAAGGUGAAUGACAGGUCCCAAGAGUUCACUGAUGUUGGCAUAUCAACUGAGCUCCAGCAGCAACAGAUGACACGAGACUGGUGAUGAAAAAAUAGCGACUUGCCGACACCAUGAGCUGUGUGGAAAAGCGACACAUAAACCAUCGGAUGGGAAGCAUGCUCCAUCAUCGGUUCCCCAAUGGCUUCACGGACCUGUUCAUGGACGAGACGGAUCGAGAGGUCAGCACCCUGACCGACAGGGCCUUCCGUAGUCUCUGCAUUGGAGAUGACGCGGUGUACAACGAUGACUUUUUAUAUGGAUACUCGCCGUACAGCUGCCUCAAGCCUUUGGCAGGGGAUCCCUUUAAAAAGAAUCCACAGAAGGACUCUAAAAAAGCAGAGCAACACAAACCCAAUAAAAGCAAUGCACAGCCCUGGAAACAGCAACAUCAGGACAACAUAUCCCACAUGUCCUCCUUCCUAAAGGUGCUAAGUGCAGCAGAGGAAAGAAAUGGAGGUAUGACAGACUCUAAUGGCGAAUCAUGGGAUAAAUCUGCACUUCGCAGCAUAGAAAGAGAGCUUUCAGAAUUCUCCUCCGGAUUAUCACCUAGUCUCACCAAUAGACAUUACAAUAAAGAUCCGCACCCUCAGUCUGGUGGUGGCUCUAAUAAAAAAUGUAAGGAUGCCAGCCUUCCAUCAGGGAAACUGACAAAGACUAAAAAUGGCAAAUCCACAGUAAAGCUGAGAAAACUCAACAUCAAAAACUUUUUUCUCCACAGUGAGUUUAGUCCUUUCCAAACAUGGACAGAUUUGAACCGGUACCCCUUUGGUCAAGAUAACACAGUCACAGAUAUUCUCUCUCCCGACAAUGUUCCUAAAUGGUAUGACUUCCCCUUUUACAAGGAGCUGACUGAGGCACAUACAACAGAAAGUCUGCAUGCUGACCAAGUGCAGUCAUGUGACAAAGUAGAAGUUGAGUCCUCUGCUGCCAAAGUUCCUGAACCCACCCCAGCCCCUCCUCCGCCAAAGGUCCUGCCAAAGCCUGCUGCCUCUCUGACUGGCAAGAGGUGCUCUUCAGAUGGAGGGGAGAAAAAUGCUGCCCCAUGGAGGCGCAACGGGCCUAGGGCAAAAAGUGCAAUUCCAGCAAAUCAACUUGGAAAACCACCUCAAGAAAGUCAUUUAAAACCAAUGGAUGAAAACAUUUUGGUGGUCAAAAAGGAUGUUGAAACGGUAGAAGUUACGGCAAUUCAGGAGGUCAGUUCUUUAGCCUCUACACCAUUCAGCAUCUGUCAGCUAAUGACUCCUGUCAUUCCCUCCAGACAGCCAACGGAAACUUCAGAGAUUUUCCAAGCAGUUCUCUCUCCCUCUGUCCUUGACCUUCUGAGUAGACCGCACUCUGAGGCCAAAGUAACCCCUGAACCUCCGGUCAAGCGAGAAACCUACAAAUCGCUUGCAUCCAGCAUCCUCUUCAACUUGAAAGACAACAGAAAGCGGGUGAAGAGUCGGUACAGUCCACAUAAAUUCAAAACUCUUGAGCUCUGUGAAGGAGCCCUCCAAUCUCCACCCUCAGAUAAUCAUCCUCCUUCUGAGGGCAGUGGCUCUGGUUUGAGUACACCUGCCAUUUCAAAAGAUGGGCUGACAGUUAGCGGUCCUGUCCUGGAACACAUAGUAUCUCCAUCAGAUUUUGAGCUGACAACGUAUGCCGCUGACAAGCCUGUAUCAGAUUAUUUGUUGACAAAUUUACUGCAGACUAGAUGUGAUGCUGGCAGUAUCGAUCUUGGAGAGGAGAACUCCACUUCCCCAUUUAUACCCUCAAAGAAGAACAAGAGUCCAAUGGCAAAAAAGCAAAAUUAUCCAUCUCUGAAUUUGUACAAGAAAGCCAAUCAAGCUGACAGUGAUCCAAAAUAUCUUCAAGUACCACAGAGCAAUAACAUUUCUGCUAACACCGAUCUAACAAUUGAUGCGAAAAACAGAGAGCUUCCUCCAAAUGCACUGCCAACAAACACAGGGCUUUCACCAAGUACUUUAAAUGUCAUCAAAGAUUAUUCACCCAUGAUUUCACCCCACACACUAGAGAAAGGGGGGAUAUUGUCAGGGGGGAGAACACAGCCAAAUGUCCCAGAGAAAACUGGACGGUCAGUGAAAGGCACAAAGGAGUUUGCAGCUCAGCUGGCUCACCAGGAAGACAACACAGGUGGCCAAACUAUCAGUGCAACAAAUGUAAUCAGAGCAGCAAAGGAAGCCAUUAAUGCAGCCAAAAAUAAAGCUCGAUCAGCAAGUCAUUCAGAAUGCAACAGCAAGCUGAUGCCAGAUGCAGACCUAAUGAGGCAGAAAGAAAUGGAUCAGAGAGUUUCAAAAGAACCCUUUGAAAGCAGGGGGGAUAGUUUGGUAACAGUACACAACUGUGGCUUAUUGCGAAAUGAGCCAUCUAGUGCAGCACUGGUUGGUGAAAACAGCAAUGUAAACAAAGAGCCUCCACCAGUGCCAAAGAAAAAUUUUGCUAAGUCCGAUCUAAAGCUCUGCUUGUCUCUUGACAAGCAGGAAAGACAUUAUUCUGACAAACCCUCUAAUGGCGAUUUGAUAGACGUCAAGCCAGAUGUACCGACUAAAGAUAGUGAACCUGUCCAGAAACAAGGCAAACCUAAAAAUGUUUUCUCAUCCAGACAGAACAAUUUUAUCAAACAUCAGAGAUAUGCGCUGCCAGGUGACGAGCAAGCGAAGGAGUACAAGGAAAGCAAUUUGAACGUGAACGCAAAAAUGGAGACAGACGUGGAGAUGAAGUCAAUUGGAGAUAUAGGAGAUAGCGAGCAUAUUUUCAAUGAUUUGCAGGCUUUGAAAGAGCUGGAAAGAGCACGACUUGGCGAUCGCAUGCUUGAGAAUGUGAAGAGCAAACUGGAGGUUUUUAACAUUGAUGAGGAGGCAAAGGCUAAAAACUGUUUAAUCUCUAGGGAGCUUCGCAAUAUAAAGAGAGGUAUGCUUUCGAUGAGAGGAAACACAUUGGCAAAGAGAAAAAUAUUUGCAGAGAAGGAGCAGAGCAAGCAGGAAAUCUUCGCAAAGUUAGAUAGUAACGUCAUUGUGAACAAAGCGCUUCUAAAUGAUAACUAUGACAAAGCUAAGAUGGCACUUGAGGAGAUCAUCUCAGAGCGGGAGAGGAGAAGGUAUAAAUUCACAGAGCAGGACACAGUUCUGUCAUCUGAAGAUAACGUUCUAGACGAAAGUUGUGAAACAUGGCCGCAGGACCGUAAAAAACAUGACAAAGACUGUUUGAUAAAACAGAGAGAAGAAAAGGAUGACAACACUUCUCCACUUAAAGAGAAUAACCUAAAUCAGAGAUUAGGUGACUUGAGAGUAUCAGAAACUAGACAUAGACCUGUUGAAACUCAGAGAAUGGGCAGCAGGGUAGCGCUACCUGCCAUGGACACAGUGGACAGGGAACUCAGUUUAGUCCUAAAUACUAAAGAUGUGAGAGAAAAGUUAGCUAAUAAUCAUACUCAUAUUCGAGAGGACAGUUUGCCAGAAACAGCAAGAAAGGUAUGUAAAGACAGUGAGGAGUACUUGACGAAGGGAAGGGAGGACAAGAGGUUAGAUGCUCCCCCGGUUCCUCCCAGAAGCAAAAAAGGUGUUAGUAGACAAGAUGAGAGUGCACCCAACGACAAAGAGCCAGCAGGUGACAUAAUCUAUGGUAAAAGUGAAACUUUUGAAAACAAUACAGACCAGUUAUGCAACAUCAGGACAGGCUCUGAAAUAUACACAAGUGCAGAUACUGAAGAAGCUUUGCCUAGUCAGCAUGGAACUUCUUAUAAAGAGAGGCAGGAUGAGGUGGACAAUGGCAGUUUAAAACUACGUUCUGCAGCAGAUACACUUACACUUAACAACCUAAUUCUAAACACAAGUCCAAAAGCCACAGCUGAAGAAACCUGCAAGGUUAAACAAAAAGCCCCCUUAAAACCAGACUCUUUAAUUAAGCAUGAUGAUGAUAUGAUCAAAAACGUCACACCAGAAGAAGAGCCUUCCAGAAUGACUAAUAAGAAUCUAAAUAUGGAUGCAGAAGAACUUGAUGAAAUCUCCAGAAACAUUGUGUCCCCUUUGCUGCUAGUAAAAGGUGCAAACAUUGCACAGAGCCCACCUGAUCAAGCCAGCUUGUCCUCAAAGUCCUCCUAUUUCUCUGUGGAAAGCACACUGCACAGAACCACAGAGAAUGAGUCGAAUGUCUUCCACUCUUUAGGGAACUCACCAGCAGAGGUGGACCUGGUUAAUGAACCAGGACAGACCAUUUCACAGAGCAAUUCAAAUACCGCAGGGGCAGAAUACUCUUGUUUAAGUGAUCAUGAAAGUGAGCGGGAGGGCAUAAAGCAGCUGGUAAAGUCUACCCAAAAUCAACCAGACCAGUAUGUGGACAGCAAUGAGAAAACGAACGUCCACACAGAAGCAGUUAGCAAUGAAGAAAACAAUUCAACAACAUCAUCGUCUAGCACUUUUUCUCCAACUUUAGGAAUCCCGGCCUUGUUCAAAGUGAAAGACAACAGUUUCAACUCAAAGACAAAGAAGCCUGUACUGCCCUGGUCUCCAAGAGGUAGUCUCAACGGAUCUGAGAAAACCAACCAAACAGACAAAAUGUUACAUCAGACCAAGGAAAACCCAGAGCCCUCACAGGUAAAUGACACUUCUACCAACAACAGCACCAUAUCUCCGACUGAAGUCUUUAAAGGUAAAGAGGUUUCAACAUGCGAAUCACCACUGUUUUUGGCUUUAUCCUCAAAUGUCCUAACUGAAAAUUUCAAAACAUCCCAAACUGAAAAUUCUCUAGUAGUCCCUCUGGAGGACGAAAGGUUUUCUCGGGUGACCCCAUCAUCUGAAGGCAUGGAGAGCGUACCAGCUAGUACUGCUGACCCAACUGAGGAUAGCAUGGCAGAAGAUAAAGUACUUGCAGAGAGUGAAGAGACAAAGGACAUCAGUGAACAAUCAGGAUUUAUUUCUAGUGGUAAUGACAGCCAAACUGGGCUGCCCAAGCCUCCAGCAGUUUUACCAAAAUCGGAAAAAGCAGUACAAAAAGCCAUCAAACUGACAAACAGAAGGAUGAAGAAGGAAGAGACACAGAAGUCUUCUCAAAAAUCAUCCCAAAGCAACAGCAAACACAGAACAGAAAAAACAAGGAACGAUAAAGCAGAGCAUAAAAGCAACGGCAGUGCUAAAACUAGCAGGAGUGGUGAAAAAAAGCACAAAGAUGGCAAUCGCCACCACAGCAAUGAUAGUAAUGCCCAGGGUGAGUGCCACAAUAAGAACAACAAGCAAAACAAAGUAGAAACAAACCACAGGACCCGGAGACCGACUCGGGAUUCAGAGGAAGGAAAUAACCAAAGUGCAGAUGGAAGGCCCAAUCUAGCAUCAGAAAGACAAGGUCGCAGCACUGACAGACAUGCUAGAGAGAAGCCAGAGCACAGAGAUUAUAGCAAUGACAGUGUCAUCAGUCAUGUGCCCGUAUACAAAGCUCAUGUCAGCGAAAGGCCCAUGUCAGACAGGCCUUUCAAUCGAUCCCAGAGCAUAGAUAGGUAUCUGGGGGGCAAAGCAGAGCGCAGGCUUAGUGCUGAUCUGCCAGUCAGCGACAAGCUCGAACCCAGGACUCAGCGGAUUGAGGAAUCUAUCAUGCAUGAGCUUCAACAGAGAGGCAGAGCCAAAGACAAGCCAAGCGGAGGCCACCCAUUGAGAAGGAGUCAAAGUAUUGACACGUAUCGCACUGAGAUCCCACCUCUGUCCCGACAGUCUAGUCACCCCAGCCAGUUUUCUCGUCAAUCCAGCAUGGAGCAUGCUGUUUUCACGCAGUCCAUCCCUAUGACCCAACGGAAACUCCUCCAGGAUCCAGACUCUGGGCAAUACUUCUUUGUUGACCUGCCCGUACAAGUCAAGACAAAAACCUUCUUUGAUCCCGGUACAGGAAGCUAUGUUCAGCUGCCAGUCCAGUCACCAGACGGUGGUGUUCCUCAAGCGCCCCACGUAGAGGUUCUGACUUCACCACUGGUCGUUUACCACAGUUUUGUGCCAGUCCCUCUGUCCCCCAUGGCUCAGAAAGCCCCUAUCCAAGCAUCUCACGUGAAACCAAACAUGGUAAAGCAAAGGCAUCAAGAAACGGCAAGGCAAAUGCACAUUAAAGAGGGACAGCCUUACUUAGAGCCUGCGUAUGGUCAACAUGAACUGAUGUUAGGGGAGUUCUUGGGCACAGAAGAGCUGGACUGUCCCUGCUGAUGGGCUCUUUGUUUCUCUACAUUGUGGUGUUUGCUGCAUUCCCGGAGUUGUUUUUGUGAUGUUCCGUCAUGGUUUAGCCUUUUUCCGACUGAUCCUGACUUGUUUUAUUUUGGGUUUCCUACAGUUUCCAGAUGAAAGCAAAAAAAAAAAAACCCAAAAAAGACGUUGCAUCACUUAUUUCAUCCCAAUUUCACUUAUACCAGGAGGAAAAAAGGCCCACCUGCAAACACCACAUAAAUAGACCUGGACAUGCAAAAGCAACCCCGUGAAUGAGAGCUUUUUUCAGCUCAUGUCUUUCUUUUCUUGGUUUUGGUUGACCUUGAUUUUUGCUAACACAAUACAGAAUGUGUCCUAGUUUUCAGCCCGUCUUUCAGCCUCUGCAGCAUUUCUGUACAGGAAUGAAUCUGAGUUAUGUACAAAUUUAGAAGAAAUACAGUUUUUUGGAAUGAUCCUUGUUGUAUGCAGCUGUAAAAAUAUGAAUUUGUGUUGAAAUGUGCAGCAACUGAGGAGAAGAAGGGACACGUACAAUUGAUGUAAAUAAUAUAUUUAAGUUUAAACAGAGAAGAUAUGCUUCAAUGUGAAUUGUUUAUAUUUUGUAAAGGCUAGCAGUUUGAUAUGUACUGCAGUAGUAGUAAUAAAUCUUCACAACUUGUCAGGUAUUAUGGGUUUUGUUUUCUUACGUGGUAAUUUUGUUGCCCUUCUAUUUUCAUCUAAGUUAAAAACCCUUCAUAUUACUUGAAUCUACCCAACAGUAACUUAGAAAAACAUUAAGUAAUUUGUAUACUAUUGAUUUUGACAGUUAAAAUUCACAUAAAAAAACAUCUUAGGACAUUUUUUGCAUGUGUUUAAAUAAACAUCGGCUGAAUGUGUCUUGAACAUUACAAAUUCCAGUUAUUGGAAAAGCUUGAAUACAAUUGCAUUUAAAAGUUGUUGUUUUUUCACAUGUGCAUAAGAAUUAGUUUCAGUUUUUUUCUUCUUUUUCUAAUUUUAUUUUUUUGCAUUUACAUUUACAACUUUCUCAGCUAUAGUCAUGCAGGGCUAUCUUGUGUCUGUGAUCCAUUCCAGUGAAUUAAAUGACUGCUUUCACCAGA